AUGAAGAAGCUGUUUGGCAGAGACAAGCCCAAAGCUGUCAAACCCGCAGGCGAUGGCCCCGUCGAAAACCACGCGGCCCAACGACACGACAGAUCACACCCCUCGACGGACGAGCAAUGGGAUCUCAUCUCGGAGACCGAUCCCCUCCAACCCCUCCGUCCACCUACCCUGAGCGCAUCACAGACGCCCUCCCUCACAUCCAUACAUCAAACAUCCCCACCUGCACCUAAUCCCAUGCCUCGCGCGUCAUCACCGUAUACUGUACCUGCCUCGCCACCUCUAUCUCAUACCAAGCUAAGUUCCAACAAAGACCGCGAAGUGCUGCGCAAGAAGCCGCCAUCGUCUGCGCCCAAUGCCUUCGCGGCGGUAGGAAUACUCAAGGCGCUGGACCCCCAUCACUUGGAGCCCGUGGCCUCGCACGAUCAAUCGGAAGAUGGGUAUACGGACUCCUCCGUGAGGGAGGACAAGAAGGAGAAGCGAGGGUUCUGGGAGCGGACGAGCCAUAGGGAAAAGGACAAGGACAAGGACCGUGCGAGGGAGAAGGAGAAGGAAAGAGAGCGGGAGAAGGAGAGGGAGCGGCGGGACGAGGACGCUCAUGCCGAGGUUACGCGGAUGAUCGGGUAUCUUACCGCGACUGCGUCGGAGGACUGGUCUCUGGUCCUGGAGGUAUGUGAUAGAGCGUCUUCGAACGACACCAACGCCAAGGAGGCCGCGAAGGCCUUGAGACGCGAAUUCAAGUAUGCGGAGCCCGCUGCACAACUAUCCGCCGCACGACUAUGGGCUAUCAUGCUCCGUAAUUGCUCGACCAGAUUCGUGUACCACUGCACGUCUCGCAAGUUCCUCGAUACCCUUGAGGACGUCCUUGGCUCCUCUCGCACGUCUCCUGUCGUUCGGGAACGUCUGUUGGAGGUCUUGGCCGCCGCUGCAUAUGCAAGCGAUCCAGAGGGAGGGUUCAAAUCACUGUGGCGCAAGGUUCGACCGGCCGACAAACCGGAAGAGGGCAUUCCGUUCGAUACAGAAGAUGCGAUGUUCUACCCCGCAACUCCUCGCCAUUCAACAGGCCCGAAUGUCCUGCAGCCUCCAGUCCUUGAUCAGCGUCCCUCACUCAACACCCGACCAAGUUCCAGGUCACAGGCUAACCACGAUCAACCGGGAGCAACACCGCAGCGACCAGCACCUACCGUAACUCCUGGGAAGACGAAGUCCUCCCGCAACAGGGUGAUUCCACCGGAAGAAGACAUACGGCGCCUGUUCCAGGAGUGCAAAGUGGGACGCGGUAACGCAAACCUACUGUCAGAGUCGCUUACCUACGCGAAGCCGGAGGAUCUCAAGAGCAAGGACAUCAUCAAGGAGUUCUACGCUCGGUGUCGAGCGUCGCAAGAGCUCAUCUCCGCGCAAAUACCAUGGGCGUUCGCGCAGGCAGAGAAGUCGCGGCAGGCCUCCGGGAAGACCGAAGCCAGGCCUCGGGAGGGUCGGAGGUCUAGCGAGAGAGAAAGGGGCGAGAGGGGCGAGCGAGAACGCCCGCCGUCUAGUCCGAAGAAGGACAAGGGCGACUCGGAGCAUCUCACGACCGAGGAGAAACUGCUCGCGGCCAUUCUCGCUGCUAAUGAGGAGCUACUCGAGGCGCUCCGGCAGUACGAUGACCUCGAACGAGUCGGCAUCGAGCGAGACGCGCAGGAGAGGAGUAAGAAGGAGGUCAGAAUGGAUCGCUCCCGGCUACUGUUUGAUGACAACGAGCAGUCGUACUACCUUGAGCCUGGACAGCCGAACCACAGCGGCGCUGGCGCGUCAUCUUCCCGCAGUCCCUCUCCCUCGCCGUCUACAUCACCAUCUCCCGCGCCCUCCUUUGUUAUUACGCCCACACCCUCCAGCAACGCUCACGGCACCAGCACCACCCACAGUCACCCACUCCCACCUAUACCCCAUCAACCUAUUUCUAUCCCAGCUAACAAUCACUCCCAAGCACACCCUGUUGCUCAGCAAGGUUCGGUCCAGUCGCUCGCACCUCCUCCACCGGCACCACAUGGACCGCGCUCCCCGACACACCGGCCAAACACACCCUCGCCAGAGCGUGGCUCGGCCGGCCGUGCACCAAGGACAUCAAUCGAGAGCACGCAAAGUGCGGCGCGCCAACAAGCGACGAGCAGGCUGAAAGCGGAGAGUAGUGAGGAGUGGUCGGAUCUCGAGGGAGAUGUGAAGACUCCCGUGCGGCCGAGUGCGAAAGCGCUCGGGAAGCGCAAGGUGGUCGAGCCACCUCCCGACGACGAUCGCGCGUUUGAUCCAAACGACAUCUUCUACAACCACCCGAACGACUCGUUCCACAACAACACAAACAACAACUCGGAGGAGGAGGAGUCGGAAGAGGGGCGUGCGAGGAACCCGUGGCACAGACCUGUGCACUACGUGUACGACGCCGCCGCCGAGCGAACGCAGCAGCGCAUACGAGAGGGGCGGCUCGCCUCCGCGGCGCUCGUCAGCGGUGCGCUCGUCGGUGGCGUGCACUAGCCGGCGCCCCGUUCCUUCUCCCUCUGUCUACAUAUUAUUGCGCGCUCUUCGCAUACCUGCUGUUCCGCACUGCACCGCUGCACAUUACCUUUUUAUCGCCUUCCCUCGGCCCGUCUUCGCGAUCAUGUUGUGUUAAACUUAGUGCAUACUUACCAUCAUACUCGGGCACGUCCGCGCGGGGUGCUGUGCCGCGCCGACGUAUGCAAUCCAUGGGGAUCUGGUUUCUGGAUGGAGGACGGGGUGUAUAGUAUAAUUAUAAUCUCCGUACACAGCUGGCGGUCGUUUAGAG